AUGAGAGCUCGCCAGGGCUGCCGGACCUGCAAGCGUCGCAAGAUCGGCUGUGAUAAGCAAUUUCCAGCGUGCAGCAACUGCCUUCGCACAGGGAGGCAAUGCAUGGGUUAUGGCAUGCAACUUCGAUGGGAGGAUGAGUACGACGGGAGACGCAAAGAUAGCCAUCUCAAAGCUCCAACAGACGCUGUCUAUCUUCUGCCCGAACUCAAAGAGCUCUACGGACUCCAAUUCCUCAACGUGACUUCUGAGGAUUUGAAGCAUUCGAUACGAUCCAUUCCGUGGCCGCACUUCAUUGCUAAAAGAGAUCACACAUAUCCGUCUCCUCGCAGUCUGUCACCAUGGCCUGAUAUUGUUUACGAUGGCUCAGAUCUUCUCGAAUACUAUGAACGGAAGAUAUCGAGCUUGAUAUGUACAAUUGAUAUCAACAAUGGCUUCCGUCUAGACUUAUUACCACGUGCUCUUUCGCAAACAUGCGACGCAUCUGUCGCCCUACGCAAUGCUAUCUUUGCGGUGUCGUGUUUCCACCGCUUCGAUGCGCAAAAGGCAUUGCCAUUCAAGACAAAGGCUCUUCGCUAUCUUUCUUAUUCUCUUGGAAGGGAAGAAGCAUCGAGACAUCCGGGAGUCGCAGAGACGCAGUUCGCCGCAUCUCUGAUGCUAUGUGUUUAUAGCGUAUUUGACGAGACCGAAGGAAACUGGCACCUUCACCUGAACGGGGCCAAGAACAUUCUACGGCGACUUGAUACUUCCAAAUCUGGCGGUUCGACGUCAAGUUUUCUUUAUACGUGGUUUCUCUACCAUGAAGUGCUCGGUGGUUGCAGCCAAUAUCGUAGCCGGCUUUUCGACGGAUCGUCUUCAAUGUCAGACUUCCUGCCUCCAAAAUUCGAUAAAAAGGAGAUCAUCGGAUCACUGGGAUUUUCUUUGGAGCUUCUUGACGCGAUUCACAGAAUAAAUUUUUUGCGUGAUAAUUUGCCCAGUCGAACAUACACAACGGAGUUUGAUGAUCUCGAAUCUCAGUUGCUGCAUUUGAGUCAACAUGCAAACGUAGAGAAUGCUGUCCAGAUCCAGAACCAAAUGACGCGGAUCAUGUCCACGGCCGAACUUUAUCGCAUAGCGGCAUUGAUUUACCUACUACGAGUCAUUCCCGAAUCCGAAAACGCUACUCGCAGAUCUUCGUACGUCGACCAGGGAUUUCGGGUCUUGAGAUCCCUGCCAAUCUGUACCAGUCCCUGGCCGCUGUUUGUGCUGGCUUGCGAGGCACCGUCGGACGAACAUAGGAUUGAAAUUCUACACACCUUGGAUCAGAUGGAUCAAAAUCGGAAGAUUGGUAACGUUUUCGUCAUUAGAAAUAUCAUUGAAACGUCAUGGAAUAAACAGGAUCUUCAGGCUGAUGUGGAUAACAACUCGAAAUUCAAAUGGUGGGAGUUGGCGGCUCUCAACAAUAGUACGCCUUGGUUUAUCUGA